ACGCGCACCGGCACCUACCAAGCCGCCACCUUCUCCCCUUUAUACUCGCGACUCGCCGGAGGCGAACCACUCCUCGUGCCACCUCCGCCUCUUCCUUGUGAUCUCCGAAUUCCUAUCUCAGAUUCCAAGGGCCGCCCCGUGCGAUCCCCGGCUCUCCCCGCCCACCAUAUAUCCAGAGGCUCCGCCCCCGCCUCCAACCCCUCGCGAAAGUCCACGCCGUCGUCAGCUGUUCUUGUUCUGAUUUGAGCCGGGCGGAUUGAUCCCGGGGAGCGGUGUUGCCGUUCUUGAUCCUGAGAGGUGUUCUUGGUUGGUUUGCGGGAGGAAAGCCAGUGGAUGAUCUUUUACCCCUUUGGGAGUGCCGCCGGCCGCCGUUUGAACCGCUGCCGCUGCCUUCCGUGCCGGCGGCCACGACCUGCCAUGGCCGGUUCCUCGCCGCUAUAACACCUGAGUACCUGACUAUACCUGUGCACCACAUCACCUUAAAGUCAUGAUACCCUCUGUGAGGCUCUCUCCUGCCCCUGCAGCCUUCUCAGGCUUCAGCCUGCGCUCAAAAUCAGCUUCAAUUCCAACCAUCUCCAGUCUCAAACCCUCAAAAUAUGUGGUAUCCUCCCUCAGACCACUCUACCUUGCACCGCUAGAUGGUCCGCGCACUGCCGAGCUUAAGCCUCGGAGGCAGCCACUUGAGUUCCGGUGCGCAGCUUCUGCUGCUGAUGACAAGGAGUCCAAGACUGAGGUGGUGCCGGUACAGUCGGAAGGUGCACAGAAGCUAAAAAUCUCCAUCUAUUUCGCAACCUGGUGGGCGCUCAAUGUGAUAUUUAACAUUUACAACAAGAAGGUUCUCAAUGCUUUUCCGUACCCCUGGCUCACCUCCACACUCUCCCUCGCCUGUGGCUCUGCAAUGAUGCUUUUCUCAUGGGCCACCCGCCUUGUUGAGGCCCCCAAGACCGACCUAGAUUUCUGGAAAGUUCUUUUCCCGGUUGCUGUGGCACAUACAAUUGGUCAUGUUGCUGCAACGGUCAGCAUGUCUAAGGUGGCUGUGUCAUUCACACACAUAAUUAAAAGUGCAGAACCUGCGUUCAGUGUUUUGGUGUCGAGGUUCCUCCUUGGAGAGACAUUCCCUGUUCCUGUCUAUCUUUCUCUUCUUCCAAUCAUUGGUGGAUGUGCUCUUGCUGCUGUAACCGAGCUAAAUUUUAAUAUGGUUGGAUUUAUGGGUGCUAUGAUAUCCAACCUUGCUUUUGUUUUCCGCAACAUCUUCUCAAAGAGGGGCAUGAAGGGGAAGUCCGUCAGUGGCAUGAAUUACUAUGCUUGCCUGUCAAUAAUGUCCCUUGUCAUACUGACUCCAUUUGCUAUUGCUAUGGAGGGCCCCCAAAUGUGGGCUGCUGGUUGGCAAAAGGCUCUUGCAGAAGUUGGCCCCAAUGUUAUCUGGUGGGUUGCUGCUCAGAGCGUGUUCUACCACUUGUACAACCAAGUGUCCUACAUGUCACUUGAUCAGAUUUCUCCAUUGACUUUUAGCAUUGGCAAUACAAUGAAGCGUAUAUCAGUGAUUGUUUCGUCAAUCAUCAUCUUCCACACACCUGUCCGCCCUGUCAAUGCCCUAGGAGCUGCCAUUGCCAUCCUUGGCACAUUCCUGUACUCUCAGGCGAAGGCAUGAGGUUGAAACUUUGGCAAGAUCAGUGGGCCAUGGAUGAUGAACGUCUCUGCAGAAUCAGUGGCAAGCAAUGAAUCCAGUUUUGCUUGUGCAAGUAUCAUGUAGAUAUAGGGUUAGGUUUCCAUAUGAGGUCUAAUAAUGGAUGACUGGCUGCUGUUUCCCUGUCCAUGUUUGUUGAACGAGCGCAAACUGAAAUCCAGAGGCCAUCAAGUGUGGUUGAGUGUAUCUGAAUAAUACUGUAAUGGAAUUCGCCGAUGCUGUUUCUUUCCGGGUAUAUAAUCGGUCGUCCAAAUCCCGGUUUCAAUAGUUUGUACUGAUCAGGAUUUAAUUCGAUUUUAUGCAUUCCAACAUUUAGCAGAGUUC